CCCACAGCGUGUGAGAAUGAGGGACCCCGACCGUCAUGUUAAGGUAAAGCAGAGGGGCUCAGUGCUGAACAUGCUAAGGAGACUGGACAAGAUCAGGUUCAGAGGUCACAAGAGGGACGACUUCCUCGAUCUGGCAGAGUCUCCAAACGCCUCGGACACCGAAUGCGGAGACGAGGUGCCCCUGAAGACACCUCGGACCUCGCCCCGGGACGGCGAGGAGCUGAGGGACCCUGCUGGUCCAGGGACCCUCAUCAUGGCUGCAGGAGUCCAGGACUUCAACCGGACGGAGUUUGAUCGAUUAAGUGAGAUCAAAGGUCACCUGGAAAUCGCCUUAUUGGAAAAACACUUCUUACAGGAGGAGCUCCGGAAGCUGCGCGAAGAAACCAACUCGGAGAUGCUGCGGCAGGAGCUGGACCGGGAGCGGCAGCGGCGGAUGGAGCUGGAGCAGAAGGUCCAGGAGGUGCUGAAGGCCAGAACCGAGGAGCCGCCAGCUCAGCAGCCCGUGAGAGGCCAGGCCCAGGUCAAUAACGGAGCAGACCGGCGGGGCCAGGGGCUGUGCCCCCGCGUGCAGAAGUGGUUCUGUGAGAGGUUCGGGGAGUAUGUGGAGGACUUCCGGUUCCAGCCCGAGGAGAGCACGGUGGAGGCGGACGAGCCCCUCAGCGCCCGGAGGCUGACCGAGAACAUGAGGAGGCUCAAGCGCGGUGCCAGGCCUGUCACCAGCUUUGUGAAGAACCUCUCUGCCUUAUCCGACUGGUAUUCCGUCUACACGUCGGCCAUUGCCUUCACCGUGUACAUGAAUGCCGUGUGGCACGGCUGGGCCAUCCCCAUGUUCCUGUUUCUGGCGAUUCUGAGGCUGUCCCUCAAUUACCUCAUAGCCAGGGGCUGGAGGAUACAGUGGAGCAUCGUGCCUGAAGUGUCUGAAGUGGUGGAGCCUCCAAAGGAAGACCUGACCGUGUCCGAGAAGUUCCAGCUCGUGCUGGACGUCGCCCAGAAAGCCCAGAACCUCUUUGGCAAGAUGGCCGACAUCCUGGAGAAGAUCAAGAACCUGUUCAUGUGGGUCCAGCCCGAGAUCACGCAGAAGCUGUACGUCGCGCUGUGGGCCGCCUUCCUCGCCUCCUGCUUCUUCCCCUACCGCCUGGUGGGGCUGGCCGUGGGACUCUACGCUGGAGUCAAGUUUUUCCUCAUUGAUUUCAUCUUCAAGCGCUGCCCAAGGCUGCGGGCCAAGUACGACACCCCCUACAUUAUCUGGAAGAGCCUCCCCACCGACCCCCAGCUCAAGGAGCGCUCCAGCGCCGCCGUGUCGCGCAGGGUAGGCCCCGCGCGGGCGGGGAGGGACCAGGCCCAGCCCCGCCCCCUCGCACCCGGCCCGCAAGGGUGCUUCCAUGAGAUCUUCAACCUGACGGAGAGCGAGCGCCCGCUGGCAGUGUGUGAGAACGGCUGGCGCUGCUGCUUGAUCAACAGGGACCGGAAGAUGCCGACCGACUACAUCAGAAACGGGGUCCUGUAUGUGACGGAGAAUUACUUGUGCUUUGAAAGCUCCAAGUCCGGCUCCUCCAAGAGAAACAAAGUCAUCAAGCUGGUGGACAUCACAGACAUCCAGAAGUACAAGGUCCUCUCUGUCCUCCCGGGGUCGGGCAUGGGGAUUGCCGUGUCAACGCCAUCAACCCAGAAACCGCUGGUGUUCGGGGCCAUGGUGCACAGAGACGAGGCCUUCGAGACCAUCUUCAGCCAGUACAUGAAGAUUACGGCGGCGGCGGCGGCCGGCAGUGACAGCUAGUGUCGGCUCCCGGACGUGGCUGGAAGCUUUUCUUUUUUCAGCAGUUUGGUAGUGGAGAAAAAUUGGACAUCCUCGUGAUUUUUUGCAAUAAUCCCCCGAUCUGUGGUUUCUCGUGUUGACCCUGCAUUUCACAGACCCCUCGCACAGGGGUGGGGCUCUUGAGGGAGGCCCGUCUCAUGGACGUCUGUGGACACAGAGGGCAGGGGGGCCUCGGAGGCCACCUGGAAGGACGACGCACGGGACAGAGCGCGCCCGCCAAGCACAGCUGCUCCUCUGUUCCCGCCCGGGCGGAGCUGGCCGCACAGCCAGGCCUCGGGGCCAGCAGCUCUUCCGCACCAAAGCCAUACCGAGGAGCACGUGUGGCCCCUCCCUGGGUGAAGGACGUUGGCGACGAGGGGUGCAGAGGGCCCUUAGCAGCCACCGUGAGCAGCCAGCCCUUGGGGGAGAUCCCGUGUGUGUCCCAGCCAGGAGGCCUGUCCUGGGCACCCGACCAGGACACGGUGGUGUGUGGGGCAGUGCACCCGUUCAACACGCCGCACUUCGCAGGGGCCCAGGAGGGCAGCCGCGUCGGGGGCACUGGGCUUUGGGGCUCGCGCUGGCCUCCAGGCCGGGUCGGGGAGGGAGGGGCUCAGGGUGGGAGCGGACAGCCUGCCCCUGCGGGCUGCACAGGGGUCCUUAGGAGCCACCGGCUUUGGGGCACAGCCGUGAGCAGGGACCAGGGCUUUGGAGCCGCAGCCCCGGGGCCCCCACACACGAGUGAAGCCCCAGCCCUCAUGGAGGCCGGAGCAGGUGUCUCCCAGGCCCGGUUCUUCCCGGUCAGCCCUUUAAGGUGACGGGGCGUGGGGACAGCACAAUGGCCUCAGAGAGGGACACGGGAGGAGCCCGCUGGGCCAGCGAAGCCACCUUCCCGCUCAGCACAUGUUCAGUGCAGGCCCCUCUGGUUCCUUGGCUUGUCCUGAGUCCUCUGGGUGUCGCUGAGGUGGAUUUUUGAAGAAACAGAUUAUAUUUUUUUACAGAGAGCAAGCUGUUUUUCUUAUUUUUGUAUCAUUUUUCAGAUGUAAUUUUUACCUUUGCUCUGAUCCUCAUUUGCUGGUGGCAUCGCUCUUGUCACCCCGUCACAGGGGGGGACCUGCCCACCAGCCAGACGAAGCACAUGCCCCGGCCCCUGGGUGAGGUCCUGGAGCCCCAGGGCCCGCCCGGCUCUCAGUCACACGGCCAUCGGCAUUCGGGUGAUUCUGCAGGUUGAUCUUUAGUAGACGAAGGCAGAGCCCACCCUGACCCUGGCUUUGGCCCCAUGGUCAGCGCCUGUGGACCGGUUUUCCUGGGCCCCGUGAGGCCCUGGGGACACACCCAGCCUGUGCCUGAGGCAAAGCAGAGGGGCUGAACUGGCCCAGGAACGGCUGCAGUGGGCAGGGAGUCCAGGAUGCUGUUUAAAUCCUCUCCCUCGGGGCUGCCGUGGGGCCAGCGCGUGUCCCUGUAAGGCCCCUGUCCCCAGGCGGGGCGGGUGGGCCCUGCAGCACGGCCUGCCCUCUUCAAGCGGCGUGGUUGGCGGGAGUCCCUUCUGAAGAUGGAGGGAGAUGAAGGCUGACCACGCGCUGGGGGUGCUGCCCCCAGCUGCGCGGGGCCGCAGGCAGGCCCUUCCCGGGAGCCCAGGACCUUUGUCAGGAAGAGGGCGCACCUGUGCAGGCUCGGGGCUCCCCGUCAGAGGGGACCUGCAGCUUUUAUUGAAUUGUGUGAAUCUGGGCAGAUACUUAAUUUCUGCGACUAAUCACUGAACUAGAAUGAAUGUUAAAUUUUUUAUGUCUGAAGCUUGAGUCUAUUUUGGAUCUGUACAUAAUCGUUACCUGUGUAACUUUUGUUCAACAAAGGAUUGUACUAUAUGAACUGAUGAAAAAAAACACGCUGUAACUUUUUUUUAAAGAAAACCUUGU